AUGAGACAUGAUAACAAAGAAAAGAAUGUUCUGUAUUUUGAUACUAACUUCCAUGAAUUGUCUGAAAAUAUCCAUUGUAUCCAACAGUUUGACAUACUUAGAAAAAGGAAUGAAUGAAGAGUAUAUCCAAUUACAAUUAAUAACCACCAUUUUCCCUAUAAUAUAAAAAUCAUAUUAAAGUAUAAAAUAACGUAAACAAAAGUAAUGAAUUGACUAAUAAAAUAUUAAUAACUAUACUUGUUGACUUGGCCGGCGUAAGGCCAAAUAAUCUUUUAAUGGAACCCAUGGGCCAAAGAACGAAGUAGCUGCACAAAACAUAUAUCCCAUAUAACUGUAAAAAUCUGGUAUGUUGUUAGAUUCAAUGCUAUCUGCAGCAACACUAAUAGUUUUCAUUGCCAUGGUCAUAAUUAUACUGCGUACUUUAUGCCAGAUUAUCGGUUUCAUAUAAAAUUCACUAUAAAAUAAAAUCAUAAUUCAAAUUAUAAUUAUCCAGAGAUAUAAAUGAACAUAAAUUAUAUCCAUGAAAUUAAUUAUAGAUAAUUUUAAUCUAAUCUUAACAGUAAAAAUAAUAUAUACCAAUGUGCAAUUAUAAAAAGUGAUGGCAAGAAGACUCCUAUAUCUUUAUAAUACUUCUUUGGUAUAUGUAAAGUAAUGUAAGAAAGUAUAACAAAUAAUACUAAUAAAAAUAAACAUUCUUGCGCAUAAUGCUGAAUAAUACAUAUUCCAAUGACCAGUGAAAAUCCAUGAAAUAAUCUAUCAGAAAUAGAUUCUGCAACAUUAAAUAAUAUCAUGAAAAUAUAUGAGUGUAACAAUAUAGAUAAAAUAAAGGAAAUCCUUACGCAUUUGAGAUACAAAUCGAAAGAUAAACAUUGCAAGAAACAGUGGCAACAUAUAAAAUCCUGUAUCAUAGAGUGUAGGUACAAGACAAUAUUGAUAGAGUUCGGAAAAUGUUUCUCCUUCAGCAUCUUCGUAUUCAUAAUCAUAUUCUUGACCAUGAUAAUAACCAAGUCCAAUGAAGUCAUUUUCAUCAUCAUAAAAUACUGUAGUAUCUACAUCAUCCAUCACAGCUAUUUAUCUUCCAAAAACUUAAUGACAUACUUAAUGCAACAUCUUAUUUUUUUAACCUGAAUGUGCCCUAGAUAAUUAUAAGAGAAAAUAAGGAGACAAUAAUAAACUAUUAUGUAACUAAUACUAAGCAAAAACUAUUAAUUGUGUGCAGAUAUUUUAAACGAACUCAAUGAGUACAAACCUUGUAUACAAGUAAAUAUACCGAUUAAUGAAUGUUUAGUUUAAUAUAUUGAACGAGUUAAUUACUUUUUGUUUGAUAGCGUUUCGCAUAUUAAUAUACUGACAUAAUGAUUAAUAAUCAAGGUAAUAUUGUUUAAAUAGUAAAUUGUACGAUAUUUCGAGAAAUAUAUUGUAAGAUGCACAAUUCCAUCUUAACUAUGAUGGCCGAAAAUACCAUCAUUUAUGGUUUUUUUUAUAUCAUGUACAAAUAUAACCUAUAUUAGAUGAUAAAGUAAAUAAGCUUUAUUUUUUUCUUUGUAAUUAAUAAAAAUUGUCAAUAUUCAGAGAAGAAUUGAAUAAUAUUUUGUAUAUUUAAGCAAUUUUUUAUAUUUAAUAUUUAUUGUGAAAAUUUAAUAUAUUUUUAUGAUUCAUAAAAAACAUUAAUAUUUAAUGUGAAACAUUUUUAAUUGUAAAUAUUUAAUAAUUAUCAAAAAACACGACUAUGUUAAGUCAAUACAACGAUAUUGAAGAAGAUGAAGAAGUUAUAUUUGAGGGUAGUGAACUGUAUGAACAUUUAUCUGCACUGGGAUAUGCAGAUUUUGAAACUGCAACAGUUCCUAAAUCUCAACUGACGUCACAAAAGAAAUCCAUCUAUAUGAAUGCUAAUAUUAUCAAUGAUAUAGGUAGAAACAUCUAUAAAUAUAUAUUGGAUUUAAAAUCUUGGAUAACACAGGACAGUAGUAUAUCCAAAGAACAAUUGCACAUUAUUUUAAGUGCCAAAACACUUUUAGACGAUCAUGCAUGUGCAAUUAAUAGUUAUACACAGAAAUAUUUUCCUUCUACACCAUGGAAAAAAAUGUUAAGGAAUUUACUUGUUAAUGGUACAAUAAUAUCUUCUUUUACGUACUUAAUAUUCUGUAAAGACAAAAAAGUUUCAAAUGUUAUAAUAACAUUCUGUAUAUUAUAUUUCACUGGUUAUAGAAACUACAAAGCUUUACAGGCACAUAAAGAAUUAAAACGAUUAGUAUUAUUACAAAAUGAAUUUUAUGAUUUAUGUAAUAAAGGAUUAAAAAUUUUGAAACAUAAUUACAAGAUAAAAAUUAAUUCUAAGAAAGCAAACCAACCAUUUCAUGAUCUUAUGGGAGAAAGAUUAAUAUACCUACAACCAAUAAUGGAAAAUUUAAUUAAAUCUAUGGAAGAUCUUUGUCAAAUUUAUCAUCAUAUUAUUUCUAUUAUGACAGCACAAUAUCCUAAACAUAUUUUUAAUCAAUUUAUAAUAACAACAUUUGAAGAUAAUGCAUUUAAAAUACGUGGAGAAAUUAAUUAUGAAACAUUGAAGCAAUUAUAUUAUACUUAUGUUCUUAUGCAAUCGGAACUAUUAUAUUUACUGGCUAUUGCAUAUGAUAUUAAAACAUGGUCUUUAACUUGUGAUAAAAUUUCCAAGGCAAACCUAUUUUAUAUUAUUUAUAAAUUGAAUAAACAAUUGAUAAAAUACAAGAAUAAAUUGUCUCUGUGUAUCAAUUCUUAUUAUAAUUGUAAAGUGGAACCAGUUCAAUAUAAUUUUAAGGGUACAGUUACAUCGAAAUGGCAAGACCUUUAUUUACAUUUGAAUUUGACAUCUAAUAAGAUUCAACAGGCAUAUGAUCGUAUAAUAUCAAUGAUUAAUGAUAUUGAUACCUGUACUGAUGAUACCUCAACCAAUAAUGAGAUGUUAGAAAAAAUGAUGGAAAAAAUGGAUGAAGUGUAUAAGCAAAUAGACGUAGCUAGAAAUUUUGCUGAAUUUAGUAGUUUAUUAAUAACAAAAAUAAAAUAUAAAAAUUCCAAAACGAGUUAUACAAAACAAGAUACUAGAAUACAAAAUGUAAAUGAAAACUUGCCAGUAAUAAUUGAUACAGAACCAGAAAUACUUGAUGAGGUAUUUGAAGAAUAUAUUAAAGAAGAAUAUCUGAAACCUUUGUAUGAAGAAGAUCAAGAGAUUUUAUUACAAGAAUAUAAGUUAGAUAAAUUGUUGGCAAAGAAUUUUAUGAGUGAAUUAAAAGAAGCUUUGAUUGAUAAGCAUAAAACUAUGUCAGAAAGAGAAUCUAAAGCACUUCAACGUAUGUACAAAAACGUAAUAAAUAGUGCAAAUGAUUUGGGGAGUAAUAACUCAAAAUCUUCAAUACCUAUACCACCUCCAAUGCCUUCUUUGUUUAAUAAUUCUAUAUCGCUACGUAAUAAUGAUUCUAUUAAUUACGACGAUAGUGAAAUUUUUCCUAUAAAAUUGACAAAUACAUCGAAUACUGAAAUAUUUCAUAAACAAACGUCAAAUGUAAAUAAUAUCGUAGAAAAUUUUAAAUAUGCAAAUGACAACAAUGAAUCAACGAUUGAAGAUAACGAAGAUAGUAAUGAUUUUAGACCAUUGUCAUCGAUAAAAUUUCAAAAUCCUGUUAUACAAUUUGGAUUAAAUAUGCCUCCUAAGUUACUAUCUAUGAAUGAAGAAAUGUUUAUAGGUAGUGGAGAAAAUUCCGAAAGUGACAUUGAGCCAGAAAAUGAUUCAAUUAAAUAAUAUUCUGUAUUCAUUUAUAAAAAUAAAUAAUAACAAAUUUGAGUACUUA